CCGCGCGCCCGCACCAUGGCCGCGCGCAGCCGCGGCACAGAGCUUGUUUCAGAAAGUGGUGUUCUCUCUCCUGUAGACCUUAGCUGGAUCUCCAAAAUACAAGUGAAUCAGCCGGCAGUGCUGAGGCGGGCGGAACAAAUCCAGGCUCGCAGAACUGUGAAGAAGGAGUGGCAGGCUGCUUGGCUCCUCAAAGCGGUUACCUGUAUAGAUCUCACUACACUGUCCGGUGAUGAUACCUUUUCCAAUAUUCAAAGGCUCUGUUAUAAAGCCAAAUACCCAAUUCGGGAAGAUCUCUUAAAAGCCUUAAAUAUGUAUGAUGAAGGCAUCACUACGGCUGCUGUUUGUGUUUAUCCUGCCCGGGUUUGUGAUGCUGUGAAAGCCCUGAAGGCAGCUGGCUGUGACAUCCCGGUGGCAUCAGUGGCCACUGGCUUUCCGGCUGCACAGACUCAUUUAAAAACACGAUUAGAAGAGAUCCGAUUAGCUGUGGAAGACGGGGCUACGGAAAUUGACGUGGUCAUUAAUAGGAGCCUGGUGCUGACCGGCCAGUGGGAAGCCCUGUAUGAUGAGAUCCGUCAGUUUCGCCAGGCCUGUGGGGAGGCUCAUCUCAAAACCAUCUUAGCCACAGGAGAACUCGGAUCUCUCACUAAUGUUUAUAAAGCCAGUAUGAUAGCGAUGAUGGCAGGAUCAGAUUUUAUUAAGACCUCUACUGGAAAAGAAACAGUAAAUGCCACCUUCCCGGUAGCUAUAGUAAUGCUAAGGGCCAUUAGAGAUUUCUUCUGGAAAACGGGAAACAAGGUGGGCUUUAAACCUGCAGGAGGCAUCCGCACUGCCAAGGACUCCCUGGCGUGGCUGUCUCUUAUAAAGGAGGAGCUCGGGGAUGAGUGGUUGAAACCAGAACUCUUUCGAAUAGGGGCCAGCGCUCUGCUUUCAGACAUCGAACGGCAGAUUUACCAUCAUGUGACUGGAAGAUAUGCGGCUUAUCAUGAUCUUCCGAUGUCCUAAAUCAGCAACCAGCCUCAGAGAAGUUCUUUGCAACCAUGUUUUAAAAAAUUGUUUUGCAUAAUUGCUAGUCAUGCCACUAAAAAUUAGGAGAAUAGAUAACUGACUUUUUUCUCUUAAAAUUUCUACUGAAUUUAAACCUCAGAAUGAAAGAAAAAGCAAACUAAAGCAAACUAUGGCCCUCAUUUCUACACUAUUAAUUUUGCGAAGGUGUUCUCCUAAAAACUCUGGGUAAAAUAUUUGUGAUUAUUUAGAAACCAUCACAUUCUAAGGGGCAAAAAAUGAAACUACCCAGGAAAUGUGCCCAGCAAAUGAAGUUACAGCACCCCUGAGCCGUUGCUGCAAUGACCCCUGGAGCCACCAAGUCCACACUAACUUCCUGCCAUGAAAUUCCAUCCUUGAUUUUUACAGAGGAGGUGUUGCUUUUUACUAAUGGUUUUGCUCAUCAAAUUUCUGAUAUUGUUAUGUGAAACGAUAAAUGUCAUUCAGUGUUUUCAAUAAAAAACUUCUCCUGUAGUUGUUUAUUUUUUAAAAAAAAAAAACACUUUAAAUUAUGAUAGUGCAUAUUGAAAACUGAUCCAUUAAACUUAUAAAGAGGUUUUAUCAAUGA